UGACACUUCGUUUAUCUUAAUUUCUUUCAGCUAUUGCUCCCGGUGCUGUGAAGACCCAACCAGUGGACCGAGUCGGAAGGUGGGCCUUCCUCUCCUGCGGCCCCUCCCCUUCCUCACCUUCAGCCAAUCCUAGAUUCAAACCACAGCCCAGUUUCCCAUAGAUACUUUCUUACUGCUUUGGUCCUUCAAGAUCACAUAGUUCCAUCAUGGUAAACAAAACUCAGAUUGUUGCAUAGUAAGAAAAAGCUGUGAGAGAGAAAAAUCCACUAGGCCUAUUUGUUGGUGUUGUUUUGGAGAAAAUAAGUAAGGCAAUAGAUAAAAUUAGAGAGAGUGAAGAGGAAGCGUUGAACACGACUGGUUGAAAGCUAUUUUUGACGAAGAAAAAAAGCAACGAUUUCUCUUUUUAACACUGUCAUCUCAGUGAUGAGAUAACAGGCUCAAACAGAAGCUCGCAUGCAAGUGAGGUAACAGAUUGACAUUCUGUCCACAAAUCACACGUACACGCACUUUGACCUACGGAACCCCUGCACACAGGGCUUUUGCGUAAACAAGCACUCCUAACAUAGACGUUUUCUCCUGGAGCCCACCACACUCUCUCCAGUCUCAUGAUGAUGUGUGAGGUGAUGCCCACCAUUUCGGAGGACGGGCGAGGAGGAGGCCCCUCCUCUCCUGGGGUUGGGGCUGGGAUUGGAGGCCCUGGUGGGGCCAUGGGGGGAGGGGGCUACGGUGGCCGAGGGGAAUCCAGGGGCGGGGGUGACGAGGGAGGCAGCACAGGGAACCUGGAAUCCCUGAUGGUCAACAUGCUGACCGAGAGGGAGAGGCUGUUGGAGAGCCUGAGGGAGACCCAAGACAGCCUUGGGACGGCCCAGCUACGCCUCAGAGAGCUGGGCCACGAGAAGGACUCCCUCUCGAGACAGCUGUCCAUCGCCCUGCCACAGGAGUUUGCUGUGCUGACUAAGGAGCUGAAUGUUUGCCGGGAGCAGCUACUGGAGAGGGAAGAGGAGAUUGCUGAGCUCAAGGCGGAGAGAAACAACACACGUUUGCUACUAGAGCACCUGGAGUGUCUUGUGUCUCGUCACGAGCGCAGUCUGAGGAUGACGGUGGUGAAGAGGCAGGCCCAGUCCCCGGCGGGGGUCUCCAGUGAAGUGGAGGUCCUCAAGGCCCUCAAGUCCCUGUUUGAGCACCACAAGGCUUUGGAUGAGAAGGUUCGAGAGCGACUCCGUGUGGCCCUUGAGAGAGUGACCCUUUUGGAGGAUCAACUACAAGCGUCUGCUCAAGAGGUGAUCUCUUUAAGAGACCAAAUUAAAAGACGACAACAAGGGUUGGACGGCGGGAAAGACCGCCUACCCAAUGGACCCUCCUCUGGAUUGGACGACGGUGAGAUCGACAGACAGAGAGAAACGGAGAUAGAGCGGCAGAGAGCCGAGCUCUCCCAGCUGAAAGAAAGAUUGGCCCUUAUGUGUCGACAGGUUGGGGAAAUAGAGGAACAGCUUGCAGCCGCCAGGAGGGAAGUGACGAAGUCGGAGGAGGCCAAUCAGAAGCUCCAGAGGGAUGUGAAGGAGGCUCUGUGCCAAAGGGAGGAUAUGGAGGAGAGGAUCACUACAUUAGAGCGCAGGUACCUCAGUGCUCAGAGGGAAGCAACCUCUCUACAUGACGUCAAAGACAAGCUGGAGAAUGAGCUGGCCAGCAAGGAGUCACUGCACAGACAGAGUGAGGAGAAGAACAGGCAGCUCCAGGAGCGUCUGGAUGACGCCAAGCAGAAGCUCCAGCAGACCCUGCAGAGGGCCGAGACACUGCCCGAGAUCGAGGCCCAGCUCGCCCAGAGAGUGGCUGCCCUCAACAAGGCCGAGGAGCGCCAUGGGAACUUUGAGGAGCGACUACGACAGAUGGAGGCACAACUUGAAGAGAAAAAUCAGGCGUUGCAGAGGGCAAGGCAGAGAGAGAAAAUGAACGACGAACACAACAAACGCCUCUCGGACACGGUGGACAAGCUACUGUCCGAGUCCAACGAAAGACUGCAGCUUCACCUCAAAGAGAGAAUGGCUGCCCUCGAGGAGAAGAAUUCCCUGUCAGAGGAGCUCGCAAACAUGAAGAAAAUCCAAGAUGAUCUGCUAGCGAACAAGGACCAGCUCAUAGCUGAGCUGGAGAGGAUUCAGCUGGAGCUGGAUCAACUGAGGGGCAGGCCUGGCUCUUCCUAUUCCAGGUUAGCCACAAUGGAGCUUCAAGGGACGAGCAACGUGAGCUCACUUCCCUCCACCCUUUUUCGAAGAUCUCUUCCAGGGAGUGCCUCAGAGCUCCGUUACCCCCAGGGUGGUGGCUCCCUCCCAGCCGGCUAUGGCAGCUCCUCCAGUGGCGUGGUGGUCCGGAGGGCACACCGCGGCCGAUGGGCUCCCCCCAGGGAUGACAGCAACAAGUAUGGAGAGUGGGACAGUGGCAACAUGCUAGGUCCCGGGUUCGAGGGGGGAGUCGAGGGGGGCUGCUCAGAUGAUGAGGACGACAGGGAGACCCUGUUUGGCUCGGAGCUGCUCUCGCCCAGUGGACAGACGGACGUGCAGACCCUUGCCAUCAUGCUGCAGGAGCAACUGGAGGCCAUCAACAAGGAGAUCAAGCUGAUCCAGGAGGAGAAGGAGAGCACUGAGCUGAGGGCGGAGGAGAUCGAGAGCCGGGUGAGCAGCGUGGCCCUGGACUCCUCUCCUCUCCCCCCCUCCUCACUGGGUGGGGGCAGGGACAGCGUGGGGAGGGGCUACAUGACCCCCUCCCUCACCUCCUCCACCCUGGCCUCCCCUUCACCCCCCAGCUCUGGACAUUCCACCCCCCAACUGCCACAUUCCCCUGCCAGAGAAUCAGACAGACAGAACAGCAAAGAGGGCGACGAUUGCCGGGCGCUAGCCUUGAUUGACUCCACCCCUCCUCCGGUUCCUCGUGCUCUGCGAUUGGAUAGAAUGACUCACACACACCCAGGGGCUGGGCUGGAUGAUCACCGCGAAUUCCGCAGUAGUCAGGACUCUCUCCACAAAGCCAGCAAGAAGAAGAGCAUCAAGUCCUCCAUUGGACGCCUGUUUGGGAAGAAGGAGAAGGGGAGGAUCGGAGGACCUGGGAGUCAGUCUGCCUCUCUGGCCUCCACACCUUCUGAUGACCUGGGCUCAGCUGACCCCCUGGGCCUGGCCAAGAUGGGAACUGGCACCGUGGAGAAAGAUCGCCGCAGCAAGAAGAAGCACGACCUGCUAGAAGAAGCUUGUCGCCAGGGUCUUCCCUUCGCUUCAUGGGAUGGCCCCACGGUGGUUACAUGGCUUGAGUUGUGGGUGGGCAUGCCCGCCUGGUAUGUGGCAGCAUGUCGUGCCAAUGUGAAGAGCGGUGCCAUCAUGGCCAACCUGUCGGACACAGAGAUCCAGCGGGAGAUUGGCAUCAGUAACCCCCUGCACCGCCUGAAACUGCGCCUGGCCAUCCAGGAGAUGGUGUCCCUCACCAGCCCCUCGGCACCGGCCAGCACACGCUCCUCGACGAGUGAUAUAUGGAUGACUCAUGCCGAAAUGGAGUCACUGACCGCUGCCAUAAAACCAGAAGUGAAGGAGUUCAGCUGGGACCAGAUCCUUGCCUAUGGGGACAUGAACCAUGAGUGGGUAGGGAAUGAGUGGCUUCCCAGCCUGGGUCUGCCCCAGUACCGCUCCUACUUCAUGGAGUCCCUGGUGGACGCUCGCAUGCUGGACCACCUCACCAAGAAGGAGCUGAGGGGACAGCUCAAAAUGGUGGACAGCUUCCACAGGGUAAGUCUGCAUUAUGGCAUCAUGUGCUUGAAGCGUUUGAACUACGACAGGAAGGAGCUUGAAAGGAGGAGGGAUGAGAGCCAACAUCAGAACCAAGAUGUGAUGGUAUGGUCCAAUGAGCGAGUGAUGUGUUGGGUCCAGGCCAUUGGGCUAAAGGAGUUUGCAGAUAACCUCACAGAGAGUGGGGUACAUGGGGCCCUCCUAGCCCUGGACGACACGUUUGACUACACUGACCUUGCCCUGCUCCUCCAGAUACCCAAUCAGAACACACAGGCGAGGCAGAUGCUGGAGAAGGAGUACAAUGCCCUCAUCUCCAUGGGAACUGAGAGAAGACCAGAUGAGGACGGCACUAAGACGUUCACACGCUCGCCCUCGUGGAGGAAGAUGUUCAGAGAGAAGGACCUCCGGGGCGUGACCUCUGACUCCUCAGAAACAUUACCCGCCAACUUCCGUGCCUCCGCCAUCUCCACGCCCUCCGUCACCCUGAGGAAAGUCCAGAGUGAAGUGAACUCUGGGCCCAGGGGUGAGUCGGGGUCAGUGAGAACAUAUUCCUGCUAGAGAUAAGCACAUCAGAGAGUCCCCCCCCCCCCCCCCCCAAAAAAAAAAAAAAAAGUUUUUGAAGAAAAAAAGAUGAAGAUCAUCAACAAAAUGGAGAAUAGAACACAAACAAAAAAGAAUUCCACUGGAAUCCUUGAAGAAACAAGGGCAAUGUGAGAGAAUGAAAAUAUACUAAAAUAGAGUGAAUGUCUGUCUGUCCAUUUCUCUCUCUCUCUCUCUCUCCCUCCGUCUUAGUCCACAGUUGUGGCAUGAAGCUGUUCGAUGCUGUAAAAAAUGACUCCAUCGCCCAGUGUGAAGUUCUUCUUCCAUGUGCGAAAUGGGAAAAUUGACACAAUGACUCUUGUUUUUUUCAUUGGGAUGUAAAACUGCAUUUCCAUUUGGAUCAACAGAAUUAUGACCCUGAUAGACGUUUCUUUGAUUGGAAUUGUCGAUAGAACAUGCAUACCCUAUCUCAUUAACUGGUAUUAGGAUUUUGUUUCUCAACCUUUUUCUACCGUGGACAGGCGAGCUAAGGUAUUUCCUUUACUCAGGACCCACAAGCUAUGGUCCUUCUCUUUUGGGGAAGCACUUACAUUAAAACUAGCAUUUGAGUACUCACUAGGGUCAGGUACAGCUAAACAUCUGAGGGAUCGGUGAGAAUCACCACAGGGACUGCUGUCGGUCCAGGGACCAGAGGUUGAGAAACAAUGUACUGUAUGAGGACAGAGUCAUAAGGGUUAAAAAGGUGUUAUGAAGGGAGAGUAUGCGAGGGAAUGAGGGAAUGGAUUCGUAUGUUCUUAAGCCAUAACAGACACCAUGAGAUGAGAAGGACCAUGGACAAUUGGUGAAGUGCAUUAUGACAAAAUCCUGUUAAACAAAGAGAAAAGAAUUGAACGUUUGUGUUAAUAUGCAUGCCAAAACAAAAACAUAGAGUGAGAGUAAUGAAAUCAAUCAUCUAAUGACGUGAAAACUUGGGUAAGGAAUUUGUAAAAUGGGUGUAUUUUAUUUUUUAUCAUUUUUUAAAAUGAUAACCUCUAUUGUAUGUAGGUAGGUAAGUGUGUGUGUGUGUGUGUGUGUGUGUGUGUGUGUGUGUGUGUGUGUGUGUGUGUGUGUGUGGUAUGUAUGUGUGUGUACAGUAUGUAUGUAUUGGACUGUAUUUUAAUUUCAUACUUAGUUAAGAUUGACUGUAAUUUCAUUUUAGGUUGAAAAGUAAAUACGUUUCAAAUGAUGGACAUUAAGAUAUACUACUUGUAUGUGUACAUUUUGAAAACAAAUUGUGUUAUGAUUUAAACUAAUAUCAAUAAUGAAGAGUAGUGAGGAUAAUUAAAUAUAAUAUGAUAACAAUAAUGAUAAUGAUUGUAAAAGCUAUAAUUAAAAAAGACCUGUAAAAUGGA